AUGGCCUACAACAAGAGUUACAACCCCGACGCACUGCCAGCACACGCUGAGCCUGAGCAGGUCGCGCAGAUGAUUGGAAGUAUGCAGGUGUCAGGGCCAGGGAAUCACAGCCAGAGCAACAAACCGCUCCCUUCUCGCCCACCGCAGUCAGGACCGAGCGGCGUGCCUCCCCGCGUCGCCGUCGCCAGCACUACGCCCAAGCCAUAUGGCAGCCCUGCCCCGCGCCCGCAAGAUCCUCAUUCUGCGCACUCCUACACUAAUCGACCCUCGCCCGCAAACCCUCUCCCAAGCCAGCAGCGACCGCACCCAUUGCAUCCCUCACCUCCUCCACAGAAUUACGGCUUUGGUCCGCCUCCUCAAGCCCAGCGCAAUAGACCUCCUCCCUCUUUCCAACCUCCGCAAUCCCCUCAACCCCCGCCGCUGUCUGCGCCCAGCGAUGAUCCCCAACAGCUAUUGCCCCUCUUCCGGGCCGCGAACUCCUCGCACUCCGGCUCCCUGACCGAGCAUGAGCUGGGCUCCGCUCUUGUCAACGGAGACUACACGUCCUUCCACCCGCGCACUGUCAAGGUCAUGAUUCGCAUGUUCGACAAAGACGGCAACGGGUCCAUCAACUUUGACGAAUUCAUCUCGCUGUGGAAGUAUCUUGCUGCAUGGCGAGAACUAUUCGAUCGCUUCGACGAAGACCGAAGCGGGCGAAUCAGUCUGCCGGAAUUCGAGAAGGCGCUGGUCGCCUUUGGUUACCGCCUCAGUCCGCAGUUCGUCUCGCUACUCUUUACGGUGUACGAGAGCAAGACGAAACAAAUAUCGGGUGUGCCCAAGAGUCCGAUUCAUGGUGGUAUGAGCUUUGAUCUCUUUGUGCAGGCGUGCAUUAGCUUGAAGCGCAUGACGGAUGUGUUCAAGCGAUAUGAUGAUGAUCGAGAUGGAUACAUCACUGUGAGCUUUGAAGAGUUCUUGACCGAAAUUCUUCAACUGCAGGAUUGA